AUGGAGCCAGACGUGAGCAUAGAGACGAGCAGCAAGAUCCGAGCGGCAGUGCUCCCGAUCGGCAAGAUCACGACGCCUUUGUUCCGUGAUUACGCGUCCAUGCUUAACCAACACCAAACGGUGUCCCUCUCAUCCGUCAGCUCUUUCUACACGGAGCACCAGAAGUCGCCAUUCGCACAUCAGCCCUGGGACUCUGGCAGCCUCCGAUUCAAAUUCAUGCUCGGCGGAUCACCUCUCUCCCCUUGGGAGGACUUCCAAUCCAAUCGCAAGAUCCUCGCCGUUAUCGGCAUCUGCCACUGCCCUUCGUCCCCUGAUCUCGGAUCCGUUGCCCAACAAUUCUCCAAUGCCUGCAAGGGUUACUCUUCCUCACUUGUUCAGCGCUGCUUCGCCUUCUGCCCCGGGGAUUCCCAGCUAGAAGACGAGAGUCAUAAGGGAGGUAACUUAGUAUUGUUUCCUCCCGCUGAUCGUCAAACUCAAGAACUCCACUUACAAACAAUGAUGCAAGAUAUUGCUGCCUCCUUGCUGAUGGAAUUUGAGAAAUGGGUUCUUCAAGCAGAAUCUGGUGGAACUAUUUUGAAGACACCUCUAGAUUCUCAAGCCAGUCUCAGCUCAGAGGAGGUGAUCAAGGCAAAAAAGCGGCGACUGGGCCGUGCACAGAAAACCAUAGGAGAUUAUUGUCUGUUGGCUGGAUCACCUGUUGAUGCCAACGCCCAUUAUUCUUCUGCAUUGGAACUUGCUAGAUUGACUGGCGACUUCUUCUGGUAUGCGGGGGCAAUGGAAGGCAGCGUUUGUGCCUUGCUGGUAGAUCGAAUGGGGGGUCAGAAGGAUCCCAUUGUAGAGGAGGAGGUCAAAUAUCGCUACAACAGUGUAAUUUUACAUUACAGAAAAUCAUUUAUCCAAGAUGAUGCUCAAAGGGUUUCACCAUUAAGUUUUGAACUUGAGGCAACUUUAAAAUUGGCAAGAUUCCUUUGCAGUUUACUUAGGCGGGAGCUUUCUAAGGAGGUUGUGGAGUUGUUAACUGCUGCUGCCGAUGGAGCAAAAUCUUUGAUUGAUGCCAGUGACAGACUGAUAUUAUAUGUAGAAAUAGCACGACUUUUUGGUGCCUUGGGUUAUCAUCGAAAAGCUGUUUUUUUCUCAAGGCAGGUUGCUCAAUUGUAUUUGCAGCAAGAUAACAAAUUUGCCGCUAUCAGUGCCAUGCAUGUGUUGGCAAUGACAACAAAAGCAUAUCGUGUUCAAACUAGAGCAUCCAUUGAACAUAACAUAUCUGAGGACUCUGAACCUACUCAUGCUGAUGAAGGGAAGAUGCAUCACCACUCAAUAGUCUCUCUGUUUGAAUCUCAAUGGAGCACCCUGCAGAUGGUUGUACUGAGAGAAAUACUUCUGUCUGCUGUCCGUGCAGGAGAUCCUCUUGCUGCUUGGAGUGCAGCAGCACGAUUACUUAGGUCUUAUUAUCCUCUAAUUACACCGGCUGGGCAAAAUGAUCUGGUCAGUGCACUUGCAAAUUCGGCCGAGCGGCUUCCUUCGGGAACUCGCUCUGCUGAUUCUGCUUUACCCUUCAUAAGGUUACAUUCAUUUCCUCUCCACUCCUCACAAAUGGAUAUUGUUAAAUGUAACACUGCAAGAGAGGACUGGUGGGCAGGAGCUGCUCCUUCAGGACCUUUCAUUUAUACACCAUUCAGCAAGGGGGAGUCAAAUCUUAGCAGUAAGCAGGAGCUGAUCUGGGUGGUUGGUGAACCAGUCCAAGUCUUGGUGGAAUUGGCAAAUCCCUGUGGUUUUGAAUUGAUGAUUGAUAGUAUAUACCUGUCGGUGCAUUCUGGAAAUUUCGAUGCUUUUCCCAUCACUGUGAAUCUUCUGCCCAAUUCUUCAAAGGUGAUUACAUUAUCAGGAAUUCCAACCAAAGAGGGUCCGGUUUCUAUUCCUGGAUGCAUUGUCCAUUGUUUUGGUGUUAUUUCGGAACAUUUUUUCAAGGAUGUAGACAAUCUGCUCACUGGGGCAGCUCAAGGGCUUGUGCUUUCUGACCCUUUCCGCAGCUGUGGGUCCAUGAAGAUAAAAAAUGUAUCUUUUCCUGCUGUAUCUGUGGUACCACCACUGCCAUUGUUAGUAUCACACAUUGUCGGUGGUGAUGGUGCCAUCAUAUUGUAUGAAGGUGAGAUUCGUGAUGUGUGGAUUCAUUUCGCCAAUGCUGGUACAGUUCCAGUUGAGCAGGCUCACAUAUCAUUGUCAGGGAAAAACCAAGACUCUGUUGUAUCAGUUGCUUAUGAAACUUUGAAGUCAGCCCUCCCUUUGAAACCUGGUGGGGAAGUGACAAUACCUGUAACCUUAAAAGCCUGGCAGAUUGGAUUGAUGGAUUGCGAUACUGCUGCUGGAAGGAGUCUUUCUGGAAGCACGGGGAAGCUAGUCAAAGAUGGCUGCAGCCCAAUGUUGGUGCUCCACUAUGCAGGUCCACUCUCUAAUUCUGGAGAUCUGCUAGGAAAUGAGUCUGCUCCACCUCCUGGUAGACGGCUGGUUAUUCCUCUAAACAUAUGCGUCUUGCAGGGGUUGUCUUUUGUGAAGGCUCGUUUGCUAUCAAUGGAAAUUCCAGCUCAUGUUGGUGGAACUUAUCCCAAACUGGUACAACUAGAAAGUGGUGAUGUAGAAGAAGCUGAUGGAUUGGAAAAGCAGACUGAUAGGUUCAUGAAAAUUGAUCCUUACAGGGGAAGUUGGGGGCUUCGCUUCCUUGAACUGGAGUUAUCUAAUCCAACUGACACUGUAUUUGAGACUGUUGUCUCUGUGGACGUGGAGAACUCCAAUAGCAAUAAAAGCCCUUCUGAUUUUAAGUGUGGGGAAUUUAGUUAUCCUAAAACAAGGAUCGAUAGAGAUUACACUGCUAGAGUUCUAAUACCAUUGGAGCAUUUUAAAUUACCUGUCCUUGACGGUUCUUUCCUUGUUAAUGGUUCCCAAAUGAAUGGAACUACCAGUGGCCGAAGUUCAAGCUUCUCAGAAAGGAAUUCCAUGGCUGAAACCAAUGCGUCCAUCAAGAAUCUAAUUUCUCGAAUUAAAGUCAGGUGGCAAUCUGGACGUAACAGCUCAGGAGAAUUAAAUAUCAAGGACGCGAUACAGGCUGCCCUUCAAACUUCUGUGAUGGAUGUGCUGCUGCCUGAUCCACUAACCUUUGGCUUUAGGAUAGCUAAAAAUUGUGUUGAUCACACCAGGAAACUUGAUUCACCAGACAAUUCUGAUGUGCAAGACAAUUCUCCUUUAUCCAGAGGUUCCAUCAUUGCACAUGACAUGACACCUAUGGAAGUAUUAAUACGUAAUAAUACCAAGGAAAUGAUCAGAAUAAGUCUUAGUAUCUCCUGCAGGGAUGUAGCUGGUGAGACCUGCAUUGAGGGGGAAAAGGCUACUGUCUUAUGGGAAGGUGUUUUGAGUGGUAUUACCACAAAAGUUCCUCCCCUUCAAGAAAUUAAGCAUUCAUUCUCUCUAUACUUCCUGAUACCUGGGGAAUACACAAUGUUGGCAGCUGCCAUAAUUGAUGAUGCGAAUGAAGUUCUUAGAGCUCGGGCUAGAACUAAUUCAUCUGACGAGCCAAUUUUCUGUCGAGGGCCACCAUUCCAUGUAAGAGUAAAUGGAACGGCGUGA